GGCCGGGCGAGCGGGCGCGAGCGAGACGGCGCGCCGUAAAAAAGACGGAAAAGACGUUUACGAGGGGUGGCGCGCUUGCGUCCCAACCCUGGUAAACCUCUAAGAAACGACUCUGGUUUGAGGGUAAAAAUCCGCCGUCUUUCCUGGUUGGCGGCGGGACCGGCGGUGGCGGUUCACCUCAACACGCUCCGCCUCCGCCACCCCACAAAUCCGCCGCCCCCCCUUGCUACUUUUAUGCUUUCUUAAUGUCAGAAUGACUUCCGUCGCGAAAAGAAGCGCCCCGAUAUUAGAAGGUCACUGGUGAGGCGAUUCGCGCGGUACGGUGUGUGCUCGGGGGGGUCUCUGCUCGAAGGGGGCUCGUGAGAUAUAUUGUAUUUUUUUUUUAAUUUCUGUCUGCUGUGUACGGGAAUUUUUGGAAAAAUUCGGUUGCGAGGACGAGCGGUUUUUUGGCUCACUCCUGGCGUCAAUAAGGAAUCGAUCGUUUUGGAAACAAAAACAGUUCGCGGAAAAACUAGAGAGAACGAGCGCGUAAUUACAGUGCAAAAAUCACACACACACACACACAUACGCACAGGUCACUCGCCGGAGGAAGAAAAAAAAGUAACGCGGGGGGCGGAUAAACUCGCAUCCACCUGGUGUGUGUGUGUAUAUAGAAAAAUCCACACAUAUCCCGCGCACGUCUGCGGCACGCCGCCGGCCGAACCGACCGUGAUUUUUCCAUCAUAUUUUUCCAUUUCCCGGCGCGCAUUCGACUUGCAAAAACGCGACCGGCACACACACACAACACGCGUUGACGCGCCAAAUUAUUCCAAACAAUCCCAACACCAAGCGACAAAUGCCACCUCAACGCAGUGCUAUAACCAGUGCUUGAACCGAAGACGAUGUUAACAUCAUCGUUAAAGUUGAAAGUGAAAGUUUCCAGCGAUCGGAUGUGAGUCGAUUGCACCAGGAUGCACUUGAGCAGCGAGGUGACGUCCACCACGGGCCACUACGAUCGCACCUACGGCAAUCUGACGGCCGAGAUGCUGGCCGAGAGGACGGUGGACGGGCUGCUGGCCGAGCACCCGGGGGAGCUGGUGAGGACGGGCUCGCCGCACGUCGUGUGCACGGUGCUGCCCACGCACUGGAGGUCGAACAAGACGCUGCCGGUGGCGUUUAAGGUGGUGGCGUUGGGGGACGUGGGUGACGGUACGGUGGUGACGGUGAAGGCCGGUAACGAUGAGAAUUAUUGCGCGGAGUUGAGGAACUGUACGGCCGUGAUGAAGAACCAGGUGGCGAAGUUCAAUGAUUUGAGGUUCGUCGGGAGGAGCGGUAGAGGAAAGAGCUUCACGCUGACCAUCACCGUAUCGACCUCGCCCCCGCAGGUGUGCACCUACAGCAAGGCCAUCAAGGUCACCGUCGACGGGCCCAGGGAGCCCAGGUCGAAGACCCGCCAGCAGGGCUUCCACCAUUUUCCCUUCGGCCCCAGGCCCUUCGCCCCGGAUCCCUUGACCGGCGGAUUGCCCUUCAAACUUACUGGUAUAGCUCAUCAUCUGGCCGGUUUGCCGGGCCCGCCUCCUGAAUGGGCGCUCCUCGGCGGCGGCAGACACCCGUACCCCCACGGACCCUUCAUGGGCCACCACCACCCCCACUUCCCCCAUCACAUGUUCGCGGCGCUCGACCGCCCCCUGAACACCUCGCCGAGGAUAGCGAACGGUAACCGAAACUCCGACAAAUUAGAGUAUUUAGAGCGCUCAGAGCGAAUUACAGAACCCUCCCUAGGGCCCAUAUCGAUCAACUGCAGCAGCGCCCACAGCACCACGUCGCCCAAGGCGUCGCCCAACGCCCCGGCGGGCCUGCUCACCACCGCCGACGGGCAAUCGCCGCGCGAAGACGACAUAUCGGUGACGGCGUCGCCGACGCCGUCCCCGCAACCGCCGCCGGCCUUCCCCGGCGUGCCGCCGCCCCAGCUGCCCAACAACCAGCUGUUCAACAACGCCCUGGCGGCCAGUUUGUUCCUCAACGCGCCGCUCAUACCGCCCCCAGGUCAAUGGUUCUACUCGCAGCUGUACCCGCAGGAUUGGAGCUGGAUGAACCUGAGGGGCAGCCAGCUGAUGGUGAGGGCGGCGGCGUCGCCGUCGCCGCGCGACGAGCACUCGCAGAACCCGGACAGCUCGAGCAGCGAGAAGCUGGACGUGACGGAGAUCGAGGAGGAGGAGGAGGAGGAGGAGGCGGGCAAGGUGGAGAAGGCUGCGGAGGAGAAGCGUUGCGAGGGGGUGAAUUUGAGCGUGAAGGUGCGCAAGGCGGGCGUCGCGACGGCCAAGCAAAAGGACGAGGUCAGUUCUAGUGAUACGGAUAAUAGUCGAUGUUCGAGGGAGAACAACAGGCACGUGUGGAGGCCUUAUUAAUUUUGCUGGGGGGGAGGGGGGCUGUUGUAUAUCGUAUGUUGUCGUGUUGUACAAAUUAUACAGGGUGAUUCAUUGUGAAACGGAUAGAUGUUAAUCCUAUAUAGAUGUCAUCCAGGGGAUCACAAAAAAAACCAUAUAGUGGAACCGAGUUACAGGGCGUUUUUUGAAUUUGGCUUUCUUUCAAGUUGAUGAUUGUAUUCAGUUUUUUGUGCUCUUUCCAAAUUUGAAAUUCAAUAUUUAAAAAUUCGAUGUACAGGGUGUUGUUUUAUGGUUACUUUAAUAAUUUUUAUAAAGCUGGACCUGGAUUUUGAAUUUUUUUAGUAGGUGCACACUAUAUGGGUUUUUUGUGAUCUCCUGGGUGACCUCUAUACAGGGUUAAAAUCUUUCCGUUUCGCAACGAAUCACCCUGUAUAGUAAAUUCGAAUGUUUUCGUGUGGACAUGUCGAAUGUCAAAUGUCAAUUUUUGUUUGCAAAAAAAAUUGUAUAUAGUAUCGGUGAAAGUGUACACAACGUUCUAUUAAAACUAUUAAAUUGAUUUUCAGGUUAAAUUGUAUAAAAAAUAUUUGUAAAAUGUUGAAAACGUUAUUUUUUCCUUUUAUGUUAUCGAAC